CUUUCUGAUCCGACUGUGGAAAAUGAACUUUCAGGUCUUCUCUCUAAUGACACUAAGAUGCAUAGUGUUUCUCUAGCCCUGUUUACAAAGGGUUGGGUGCCGAGAAAAAGAACAUGGAAGUCUAGGAAACAUGUCACUUUCCGACAUGGACGGUUGCCGUUCAGAAUGUCUAACCGGACACGCGCAGUUUACGAGACUGUGAGCAGAAGAAAACUUCUCCAGUUAGUUGAUGCGGUCAUCGUGAGCGACAUAGUGACUGUGAAGAAAGACGGAAGCGGAAACUUCACGACCAUCAAUGACGCCAUUAAUGCAGCUCCAAACAACAGUGUAUCUACUGAUGGGUACUUCUUGAUCUACGUCACGGCGGGUGUUUACGAAGAGUAUGUUUCCAUUGCAAAGAAUAAGAAGUACUUGUUCAUGCUUGGGGAUGGCAUCAACCAGACGAUUAUCACAGGCAACCGGAGCGUUGCCGAUGGGUCGACAACCUUCAAUUCUGCAACAUUUGUUGUGGUUGCACAAGGUUUUGUGGCGGCGGGCAUAACUUUUCGUAACACCGCCGGAGCGAUUAAGAACCAGGCAGUGGCAGUUCGAAACGGGGCUGAUCUGUCAACAUUUUACAGCUGCAGCUUUGAAGCUUACCAAGACACCCUAUACACACAUUCUCUCAGGCAAUUCUACAGAGAGUGUGAUAUAUACGGCACAGUUGAUUUCAUUUUCGGUAACGCCGCGGUGGUUUUCCAGAACUGCAACAUAUAUCCCCGUAUGCCGAUGAGAGGACAAUUCAUUGCGAUCACCGCACAAGGGCGAACCGACCCGAAUCAAAACACGGGUACUUCCAUUCAUAACUGCACCAUUAGAGCAGCCGACGAUUUGGCGUCAAGUAAUACAAGUGUUUCGACAUACCUGGGAAGGCCAUGGAAGGAUUAUUCUAGGACUGUUUACAUGCAAAGUUUGAUGGGUAGUUUGAUAAAUCCUGCGGGUUGGCAUGAAUGGAGUGGAAAUUUGUCACUCAGCACAUUGUAUUACGCUGAGUAUAAUAACACAGGACCUGGAUCGGACACGGCAGGUAGAGUGACAUGGCCUGGUUAUCAUGUGAUUAACGCCGUUGUGAAUGCCACUGUUUUCACGGUGUCUAAUUUCUUGCUGGGGGAUGACUGGCUGCCUCAGACAGGAGUGCCUUACACCGGUGGCCUGAUAUGAGACUGAAAUCUUUUGUACGGAAAAUUCUUGAUGUUCGUUUUUGCACUUUCUUGCCGGGCUUUUGGCGUUUCUACACUUUUCAAUAAAUGACAAAAAUUAGCUACAAACUAAACUAAUAAAGUGAUAUGUGUCUUUGUAAUAUGUGAGAGGCACGGAAA